AAGAAAAGCAAUAUAAACAAUCUCAAUAUUUUCUUCCUGUGAUAGCAACCUUGAAGAUGGAAUUUGAAACUUUGGUUCCUUUGUUACUUUUUUCUGCAACUCUAGUUUGGUUCAUAUUCUUAGCCAAAUUUAGAUUAUCAAAAUUCCCAAAAACUCCCUCAUCCACCGCCACCGCCAUUCCCAAAGCUUACCCUAUUGUUGGUUCCGCGUUUUCUUUUGCAGCCAAUUUCCACCGGCGCGUGCAAUGGACCUCCGACAUUCUCCAAACAAUCCCUUCCUCAACCUUCGUAUCCCGUCAAGCCUUCGGUUACCGCAUGGUUUUCACAGCAAACCCCGCGGUGGUUCAACACAUUCUCAAAACCAACUUUCCUUGCUACAACAAAGGUCCCAAAUUUCACCAAACUCUAUUCGAAUUUCUUGGCGAUGGAAUUUUCAACGCCGACGGUGAAACCUGGAAGAUUCAACGACAAAUCUCCAGCCAUGAAUUCAACACUAAAUCUCUCCGCAAAUUCAUUGAAACCGUAGUUGACGUGGAACUUGCCGAUCGUCUUCUCCCUAUUCUUUCCGAAGCUUACAACAACAAAACAAUCCUCUCUAAUUUUCAAGAUAUCCUACAACGUUUUGCAUUCGACAACAUCUGCAUAAUCGCAUUUGGAUAUGAUCCAGAGUAUCUCCUCCCUUCUCUUCCAGAAACCCCGUUUGCAAAAGCCUUUGACGAUAGCUCGAGAAUCAGUAUCGAGAGGGUGAAUGUCUUGACUCCAUUGAUAUGGAAAGUGAAGAGAAUCCUAAACAUCGGCUCGGAACGACGGCUGAAAGAAGCCGUCGCUGAAGUAAGAGGACUCGCCACUAAAAUUGUUAGGGAUAAGAAAAAAGAGCUUAAAGAAAAAGCAACUUUGGAAUCAUUGGAUAUUUUAUCGCGUUUUUUAAGUUCUGGACAUUCUGACGAAGCUUUUGUUACUGAUAUUGUAAUAAGCUUUAUUCUUGCUGGUAGAGAUACAACUUCUGCAGCACUCACAUGGUUCUUUUGGUUACUUUCUAAGCAUAGUGACGUUGAGAAUGAGAUUCUCAAAGAGAUUACUGCAAAAUCGGAAUCAGUUAGUUUCGAUGAGGUGAAGGAUAUGGUUUAUACUCACGCGGCGCUGUGCGAGAGUAUGAGGUUGUAUCCUCCGGUUCCAUUGGAUCCCAAAGAAGCAGCUUACGACGAUGUUUUGCCAGAUGGGACUGUAAUAAAGAAAGGGUGGAGAGUGAUGUAUCAUGUAUAUGCUAUGGGAAGGUCUGAGAAAAUAUGGGGACCGGAUUGGGCUGAGUUUCGACCAGAGAGGUGGUUGCGUCGGGAUGAGGAUGGGAAGUUGAGCUUUGUUGGGAUGGAUCCUUAUGCUUAUCCGGUUUUUCAGGCUGGGCCAAGGGUGUGUUUAGGGAAGGAAAUGGCGUUCUUGCAAAUGAAGAGGGUGGUUGCUGGAGUUCUGAGGGAGUUUAGGGUGGUUCCGGCGAUGGCCGAAGGGGUUGAGCCGGAGUUUGGUGUGAACCUUACCUCGAUAAUGAAAGGUGGCUUUCCGAUUAGGGUUGAGAAGCGUUGCCAUGCAAGUGAAUGAAAAGAAUAGCGCUGUGAUUGUAACCAAAAUAAGAGUUUCCCAAAAUAAUAAGGUGGUGUAGUAUUAGGAGUGGUUCUGGCUUUACUCUGAUUCUGGUUUGCUGAUCUGAUCUGCUAUUUUGGUGUAGCCUGUGACCAUUAUGUAUUGGCUGUUGCUGUUGUUCUACUCUAUUUUUGUUUGUAUCUUUAGUUCUGCAUAGGAUUGUUUCUUUGUUACUGGUGUAUUUGUGCUGUUUCUGCAGCAUCAGUUUGUACUGGUUAAUGGCAUCUAUUAUGCCAAUUUCAAUGGAUCCGUUUUACU